AUACACUUGUAGGCCUACGCCUGUAAAAUGUAAUCCUCAUUCUCGCAUAUAAGCAGUCGAUCUGUAAAAUUCUUUUCUACUUGAUAGAAAAAAUAUUAAACAGUCUAGGUAAUAUUUUGUUAAUUUUUUGGUGGACCUUUAAAAAGGACUUAUUGCAGAGAAAUAAACGUCUAGCCGUCAGUGCCCUAUUCGUCACCGCUCACGCUUGGACAGUCCAUACACCUGUCAUUGCACAAACGACGCUAACGUGCUGAUCAUUGCAUCGCUACACGUUAACGAAGUGUGCGGUUCUAGUGUACAGCUGCAGUUGUAGUACUUUUGAAAAAACCUGAGGUUAUCGUAGGAGACUGUCGAGAUGGCUGUCGAAGGGGCAUCGAAACUCAUCAAAUACUUGAUGUUCUUCUUUAACUUCAUUUUCUUUAUCUGUGGCAUUGUGAUCAUCGUUGGUGGUGCCUUGGUCUUCACCAAGUACAAUGACUAUGUUGACUUCACUGGCAGCAUGGGCAAUGCCAUCCCCAUUGUGCUCCUGGUGAUUGGCAUCUUCAUCCUCUUCACCGGUUUCCUGGGCUGCUGUGGUGCUCUGAGAGAAAACUACUGCAUGGUCUGCACCUUUGCCAUUAUCAUUGUGAUUCUGCUACUGGCUGAAUUGGGUGGUGGUAUCGCUGGCUACGUUCUCCGGAAUGACAUCAAGAAAGCCAUCGAUGAUAACAUGAACAAGCUUCUUGUCCAGUACCCCAAUAACACUGCGACCCAGAAGCUCUUUGACAGCAUGCAGCAAGAUUUGAAAUGUUGUGGAGUGAAUAAUUACACCGACUGGUAUAGUUAUCUGGGCUCCGGCAACGUGACAGACUCUUGCUGCAAGAAGGAGGAACCAAAAUGUGGUAUUGAGCCCAAGAAGGAAACCAUCUGGACAGAUGGUUGCUUCAACGCACUCUAUGAUUUCCUGGAGGACAACAUCGUCAUCAUUGCUGCAAUUGCUAUUGUUAUUGCUGUGAUUCAGAUCUUCGGUGUUGUGUGCUCUUGUUGUCUCAUGCGGUCCAUCAAGGGUGAAUACGAGGUUGUGUAAAGCAGGCUUUGUGAGGACACUUUGGCCAUCCUGCGCAGUCAACAUCAAACCAUCAUAAGGUGUCCACGUUAUUUUGUUACUAAACACAACCACAACCACUUGAGAAGACUGGUGGACUUUUGGUCCAAGGGUUUUUGUUUGGUUUUUGUAAGUUCUAUUUUUUCCUUCCAAACAUUUUCACGGGAGGCCAUGCACAGUUGGCUCUCAAUACAAAGAGAAUGCUGUUAAAUCAAAAUGCUGCUUUGAAGAGCAAAUUCAGAAAACCCCAAUUGCAUUAAUUCUUGUGUUUUCUUUCUUUGUCCACUCCUUUAACAAAGUCUUAGCUCUAACAAAAUAAUUUAUCUGGUCCAUGUAACUGUGUUUUAACAAGGCUUGACUGUAUAUGCAAAACAAAAUCUUGUAACAAUGACAACUGGGCUAUAAAAUCAACAAGUGUGGCUGCUGAAAUGCCAACAGUUUCAGGCAGAAGUUCGCAAAGUAUAGCUUCGUUUUUGUAAUUUCAUACUGGGAAAAUUACAGUACAGGCUGUCAGAAUUUGAACUUCAGUAAGGGAAUUGCUACUAAAUGUUGUUACUUCAAAAUGCCAUUGACAAUUGACAAUUUCAGUCCAGGCAAAUCAUGUUGAAGGAAACUUUGGGGAGUGUUUUGUUCCAUUGCCAUAUUCAACAAAUUAUGGAUUCAUCCGAGGAGAUGGCUGAUCAAAGUUGUAGCUUGGCUUCAGUGUUUCUAGAAUACAUUUCAUUGAAUGAUUUUUUUUUACACUUACCAACCCCUGGCAAAAGGCUUUGUGUGUAGACUAAUCCAGCAAUGUUUCGCUGGACAUUCCCAGAGGACCCCUUUAAUGGCCAAAAGUAAUGUGGUGGUGUUGUGCAGAAGGGAAUAUUAUGGAACAAAAGUCACCGUAGUGCUUUUCACCAUGGGAGGGGUACUGCAAAGAACCAUUGAUAGUAUUACCAUGGUCACCAGAGUUGUUUAUUUGCUUACUAGCACUUGAAAGUAUUGUGACAAGUGUAAAGAUUUGAUCUAAAUUUGGGGGUAAAUGCUCCAUGCAGCUCUAUAAUGUAUUGUCAAUUUGGUUUCCUUAGACAGAUACAAGUACAACUUAUUUGCUUAUCUACAUUUAUAUGGUGUACGUGUUUUUUUGGUUUAACAAAUUUGUUAAUAUUUUUUGGCACAUGGUCUAAUGAAGGAUCCGCUUGCGUUCUGAAAGUGCUCAUGUGUUAAAACUUUUUUAAGUCACUAAUAUAUUUUGUUCAUGAAUUUCCACUUAUUAAAACUCCUUUUGUACUACUUAUUAAGGCUUCUUUACCUUUGCUUCAACUCAUGCUUCUAGCUAGGAUAUUGCUUUAAGUUUUCUGAAUGAAAAUGAUGUUUAACCUAAGUGCAACCACUUUCUGUCAUUUUUUUGGGGGGUGAUAUCCGUCUGUUUGUUGGUUUGUAGUGCACAUGUAAUUGUUUCUUACGGCUUAUGUUUGAGGCUUGCAUUCUUUAUAAACUGGUCAGCA